AUGUCUCAUCCACUUAGUGUAAUCGUAUUUUUCUUGAAAUGGAUGUUCAUUUCAUUACUACAAAUUUUAGUUCAUGAAACGGACAUAUAUUUUAUCCAUUUCAUGAAAUAAAAAAAUCUUAUUUUACACUUUGUGUAAUAUUUUAAAUUAAUUAUAUCAAUAGGUAACUUUUCGUGAAGUUGAAAUAAUAACAUUGAUACUGUUACAUACUAUAUUUAUUAUUAUUAUAGUCAACACCUGAUGGUAAAUAUAAAUGGAUCAUGAAUUAUCAGGACCACAAUACAAAAUUUGUAUUAUUGCAUCCACUUGAAAGCAAAUGGGCUAUAGAAGCGACAAACAGAUUACUCACUAUUUUUUUUACAUUUGGGGCUCCUAAAAUACUUCAAAGUGAUAAUGGACGAGAAUUUGUGAACUCCAUUAUUAAGGAAUUAAAGGAUCUGUGGCCACAAUGUGUAAUAGUCCACGGUCGACCACAUCAUCCCCAAAGUCAGGGAAGCAUUGAAAGAAGUAAUCAAGACAUUCAAGACAUCAAGGUUUUUUAA